AAAAAAAAAAAAAAAAAAAACGUUUUUCCAACCAAAGUUUCAUCUCAAGCAUUCUCUUCACUGACACAUUUGUCUACUUUUUUAAACAAGUAUACUGACUUUUGAAAAAAAAAAAAAAUAUAUCCCACUUUGUUUAGAUUAAAAUAUAUAGUAGUUUUAGACAUGCACUAUUUAUUUAUUUUUUUUUUAUAAUAGAUUUGCAUUGUUAAUAAAAAAAUGAAAGCAUCUUUGGCACGACUAAAACAAUAAAAAAGCUACACCAAAGAAAGGUAUAUGAAAAGUACCUAAAACAAAUGAAGGCAUUGUAUUAAAAUGUUUUAAGACUUUUUUCAAUAAAUAAAUAAAUAGAUAGAAAUCUUUGUAGAUUUAAUAAAAUCACUCCCAUGGAACAUGCAAUUUCCUGAAGUCGAAAAACACCCAAUUAUGAAACUUCAAGUAACACCAGUUACAUUGAUUUACAGACGAAAGAAACGGAAUUCUCUUCACCUGGCAUUAACAUUUUGCAUUCACAAACAAAGGUGUCAAAAUACAAUUUAUUGAGAAGAAAAGAUGAGCCAAUCAACUGCUUGAAAUACUGAAAAUCUGAUAUCUGAAAACUCAUGGCCUCAAUUAAAAACUUUUGGAAUAGUUUGGUCACAUUAUUAUUCACCCAUGUGUGUCUGACAUAAAAAUGAAGUUUUAAUAUAGGACUAUGGCAAUAUCUAGAUAUUCUGUGAGGAAAGAAAGAAAGAAAGAAAGAAAGAAAGAAAGAAAGAAAGAAAAGAAAGAAAGAAAGAAAGAAAGAAAGAAAGAACGAACAUUCAGUACAUUCAAACAUUAUGGAUUAUUUGAAGGCAUUGUUGCAUUGAUUGCUUGAUUUGUGUACUAUGACAUUGACUGCAUCAUGCCUGUAUGUAUGAUUAAUUUGAUUAAAUCUGUUUAGCAUCAAAAUUAUUUUCCUUGCAGCUUUAAUGGCUUGGUGGUUGUCUUUAUUAAAUAUAUGAACACGAUGUAUAAUUUCCGUUAUCUUCAUUUACAAUGAUAGCACUGUGUAUAUCUAUUAAGUAUUGAUUGAGGUUUUAGUCUGAGAUUGUGAGUCGAUUUCUCCGGCGCUGUUCAUUCCGAUGGUGCUGAAAUGGUCUGGUUUCCCCUAUUUCAAUAAAUCAGACAAGUGUGGCUCACGUAAAUCAUAUGUUUUCAUUGUCAGCAUUUAAUUUGCCCAUUGUUAUUGUUUAUAUUAAAUAAUGUUGCAUACAUAAUUUAGUUUCACAUGUAUAAUAAUGAUUAUUUUGUAGUUUUAUUGGUAUUUAUGUAGGCUAUUAUAAAGUCUUUUUAGGCUAUAAAUACCGCAUCAAGACCACUGGUCUUGUUUUUGCAGCAUCUGAACUCUAAGUGCCGCUGUUGACUAUAAGCUGUGGAAGAGAGCGUGUCUUGGCUCAGCACUCUGUCCCUUAUUGACGCGUUUCUAGGUUGGGUUUCUAAUGCAACGUUUUUUUUAUUUGAACAGAAAGAACAUAACUGUUAUUUUGGAUACGCUAUUUUCAUGACUCUUAACUUCAUUUGAAGACACAAUAUGGCUUUUUUAUGCUCAUCCAGCGGUUCACACAUCCCAUGGAUGGUUAUCUCCACAAGUUUAAAAUGGCAGUCCGUGUUUUUCAUUCUCUGCUUUUAUGGAAUGGACGUCGUCUAUUGCAAUGCGCGAUAUUCCAUCCCGGAGGAAAUGCCACAGGGAUCUUUUGUGUGCAACAUCGCCAAAGACCUGGGGAUAGAAAUAAGUAGACUCGUCUCUGGAAAAGCUCGCGUUGUAACAAAGGGCGGCCGACAGUAUGUCGAUCUGAGCAGGGACAAAGGCACUCUAGAAGUAAAAGAAAGGAUAGAUCGCGAGGAGCUCUGUAAACAAACAACGCCUUGCAGCUUCAGUUUUGAUCUUAUCGUUGAAAACCCAAUCCAGCUGCAUCGGGUCACAGUUGAGGUGCAAGAUAUAAACGACAAUGCGCCGUUGUUUCCAAAAGAACAUGUUAGUUUGAACAUAACUGAAAAUGCAGUCUUAGGAGCUCGCUUUCCUUUGGAUAGCGCUAUAGAUACAGAUGUAGGCCUAAACGGUAUACAGAGCUAUAAACUACAUCCAUCCGAUAGCUUUAAAUUGGAGGUGCAUAGUCAGACCGAUGGCAACAAAUACAUUGAGAUGGUUUUACAGCGAGAGCUUGAUCGGGAGGAACGCGAUGAGAUCAAAUUGGUUCUCGUUGCAACUGAUGGUGGGUCGCCUCAUAAAUCGGGCACUGUAAGAAUUCAUGUUAAGGUGCUGGAUGCUAAUGAUAAUGCCCCGGUGUGCAAACAGUCGGUUUUCAAAACUGAAGUCGGGGAAGAUUCUCCUGCUGGCACUGUAAUAGGAACUGUUAGCGCUGCUGAUGCUGACGAAGGUGUAAAUGGCCGCGUUUCAUACUCCGUCGCUCUUGCAAACAAAGAAGCAAGGGACCUUUUUGAGAUAAACCCAGAUACAGGAGAGAUUAGACUUCUUGUAAAUUUAGAUUACGAAUCUCAAAAUAGUUAUCAAUUAAACAUUAACGCGAGAGACAAAGGAGGCCUCUCGGAUACUUGCAAAAUUGUCAUAGACGUUAUUGACGUCAAUGACAACUCCCCAACCAUACAACUCAUGUCUUUUUCAAACAUCCUUCUUGAAAAUUCCCCAGUAGGUACAACUGUUGCUGUCAUUAAUGUAGAGGACACAGAUUCGGGUAAAAAUGGCGUUGUUCAGUGCUCAAUAAACCAAAACAUACCAUUUAAAAUCGAGUCAUCUCUCACGGAUUAUUACAGUUUAAUAACCGAUGAUGUGCUUGAUCGAGAAAGUCUUACUGAAUACAACAUAACGGUCUUCGUAUCAGACCAAGGAAGUCCGGCACGCCACGCAAACAAAUCGGUCACUGUUAAAAUCUCCGACGUGAAUGACAACCCGCCCAUUUUCGAUUCGGAGGAAUAUCAAACAUUUGUUAGUGAAAAUAAUUCUCCUGGUCAGGCCGUACUGACAGUUAAAGCAAAUGACGCAGACUGUGGACACAACGCACAACUAUCCUAUUUCCUAAAGGAUGAUGAUAUGCGUGGGGCACGGCUAAGUUCCCUGGUGUCUGUAAAUCCAGAUACUGGCGCCAUUCACGCUGUUAAAUCAUUUGAUUUUGAACAGCUGAAAUCCUUUGCCUUUAACGUGACAGCUCGAGAUGGGGGAUCCCCGCCCUUGAGCUCUGAAGUGACAAUCACCAUUAAUAUUCAAGAUCAAAAUGACAACGCUCCUCAGGUUCUGUAUCCAGUACAGACUGGUGGUUCUGUGGUGGCUGAGAUGGUGCCUCGUGCUGCAGAUGUUGGAUAUCUCGUCACUAAAGUGGUGGCUGUUGAUGUGGACUCUGGACAGAAUGCCUGGCUCUCCUAUAAACUACAAAAAGCCACAGACAGAGCGUUGUUUGAAGUUGGGUUACAGAAUGGAGAAAUAAGAACAGUGCGACAAGUGACUGAUAAAGAUGCUGUGAAACAAAAACUGACUGUUGUUGUGGAAGAUAAUGGACAGCCGUCUCGUUCAGCUGUAGUCACCAUUAAUGUGGCCGUUUCUGACAGCUUCCCUGAAGUGCUGUCUGAGUUCACGGACUUUACGCAUGACAAGGAUUACAACAACAACCUGACAUUUUAUUUAGUUCUCGCAUUGGCUGCGGUCUCUUUUCUUUUCAUUACGUGUGUGGUUGUCAUAAUAUCAGUUAAGAUCUACAGAUGGAGACAAUCUCGCUUCUUAUGUCAGUCUAAUCUUCCGGUAAUUCCUUACUAUCCGCCCCAUUACGCAGAUACUGGAGUAACUGGAACUCUUCCACACGGGUAUAGUUAUGAAGUGUGCAUGACGACUGACUCGAGGAAGAGUGACUGCAAGUUUUCUACACUCGGUGGUCAGAAUGUUUUAGUGGUGGACUCAAGAUUCACUGAGACUUUGCAGCGCGCAACGAAGGAAAAUAACGUUUUGGAUGGGGACUAUUCGACAGCAUCGCAAAAGCCACCAAACACUGACUGGCGAUUUCCCCCAAACCAGAGGCCUGGACCCAGUGGCCAACACAGGUUCCACACCUUGCAGCAGAGAUGGACUCCCUACGAGAAGUCCAGGGCUGGAGCCCAUCCUGAAGAUGCAGGUGCCUGUGCUGGGGUGAUAGCAGGAACAGGACCAUGGCCCAACCCCCCUACUGAAGCUGAACAAAUCCAGGUUCUGAUGGCAGCAGCGAAUGCAGCAAGCGAAGCCACUGCAACUCUCGGCCCUCGCUACAAUCCACAGUAUGGUCCUGACUACCGCCAGAAUGUCUACAUCCCGGGCAGUACCGCCACCCUCACUAUCAACCCUCAGCAGCAGAUACCCCAGCAGGCCCUGCCUCCUCCCCAGGCUUUGCCCCCCGCUGAAGCCCCCAAGUCAGCUCAAACACCCGCCAGCAAGAAGAAGCCCACUAAGAAAGACAAGAAGUAAGACAAGUGGAAACACUAUCAGAGCUGCAGGAUUCUGUUCCUGAAAUCUGAGCAUCUCUCCUCACUUUGUGUCUUUUAAUCCAUAAUCUUGGUUGAAGAAUGCAACAAUCCCUAGGUUCAAAGAUAUCGUUCACGUCUGUGGUUAUCGUUUGGGGUUUUUUAAAUCUCCUUUUUAUUUAUUGUGUUUUUGAUGAUACUACAGUAUCUUUCUCAAUAACCCAAGCUGAGUAUUUCUUGCCCUCUUGCUUAAACGGGACACUGAUCAACUGAGCAAGAUGAGAUGUGUUCAGAUUCCAUUAGCUCUUUCUUUGACAGAUAACUGUCCUGUAAAUAGUAUUACUAAAAGAAGAAGAAAACAAACAGUUCUUCUUUAUUUUUUUCAAUAUGUCAUGUUUUAGGCUUUUUUGCGUGCUUUUCAGAGCAAAAGUAGAUGCUUCUUGUGGUUACUAUAAUGAAAUUCUUUUAGACUUUUUGGAGAUGUGCCACAGCCCUCAUCUUUACUGGAAAAACUAUUGAGUAUUGAGCUGAACUAUGCAGGGUAAAGGAGAUUGUUCCAAAACAGGGGACAUGUUAAAAUAUAUUAAAGUUUUUUUCAUAGUAAGAGAAUGCAUUAACAUUGUCUAACAGCAGGAGGUAAGACAUUGUACUGUUGGCAUUGCAUAUAUAAAAAAAAAGUUUAGCAAUACCCAGAAAAUUCGGUUAACACAGUUUUACUAUUCAUUUUUAUUAUUUACUGUUAGUGUGGUAUAUGAAUCCUUUGGGAUUGCACUCAGUAAUGUAAGCAGUGUUAUUAACCUUGGAAAAAUUGGCUGGUUUCCCAGCCUUCAUAAGGUCAGUGUUAGAGAAUCAUUUGGCUCACAGUGAAUAAGAGUUCUGUAUAAUGCUUAAGGAAGUGGAUUGGUGAGGUCUUUGUACCCUGACUUGUGUUGAAGUUGGUGAAAAAGAUAAGAGAUGUGAACAGUUGCUCGAGAUGCCUAGGAAAGAAACAGCUCAUGGUGAAUAAAAUGGUUGAAAAGGACUUCAGCAAACCAAGACAGUAAAAUUUUUUAUUGUUGAGCUGGCAGUGAACACGAGAAGCACAGAGGAUUUACGAAUGUUCAACUUAGGAGUCAUUCAGACUGAAUGCGCUCUUGUGCUACAAAGGCUAGAUGCAGCGCACUUAAAAAGUUUGGGUUAACUUGAUAUGGUGCCUAAAAAAUUAUGUGAGACUUGGUGCAAUGGUCAAAAUAUCAAGCUAUCAUCAAGGUAAAAAUGUAUAUGUGUGAAUGGUCCCUUAGACACUGCAUUGUCCUUGAAUGGAUCCUAUAUUGAAAAGGAAUUCGAUCCAUUGAUCUGCCCCAACAUUUACCACAGUGUAUAUAAAAUGUGCAACCUGUCUUUACAAAAAUUAGUGCCACAAAGGCUGGCCAUUACAGGAAUGUUUCAGUAUUUUUUAAAAAAGCAACAAAAAGACAAUAUAAAAAGGUAAAAUUGUAGGACAUAAAGCUUCAAGAUCAUUGGUUAACCAAACUGUACAUACUACUCAAAACUUCUGAAUACAUGCAAUCGUAGCUUAAGGCUUGUGGAGUCUGUGCAUAUUUUGUGUUUUUCCCUAGAUUAAACUUUCUUUCCUUUUCUCCAAUCACCUAAAAUUUGAAAAAAAAAAAAAAAACACAUGCUACUUAUAGUCUUUAGAGUAACACCCUCCCCACAUGUUAUUGUACUUUUCUGUGCUUGUAUUUCCAAUCAGUCAGUAAUGAUACUGGAAUGCCACCCCUUGUCUGUUUGACUCUCAAUAUCUAUCUAUCUAUAUAUAUGUCUGUCUGCUGCUUGGCUACAUUUCUGUAUUUGACUGUGAUUCCUUUUAAGAAAUUCUUAGCACCUCAUGUUACACUUUUAUUUUAUAAGCUAAUAUUUACAUUGCUGUUGAUUUAAGUUUUACUUUAUUAAUGGAACACUUAAAUUUUAAAUAAAAACUUUUGUCAGAA